UCCUGGACAGUCGUGGAGGAAUCUUCUGUUAUUUCAUUUUCAUCAUGACUGCUGUUCAAACUGACGUUUCCCUGUACUCACAACCUUGGCAGAGGCCCCUGUACAUGUAUGGGGGGUUUGCAUGCAACUCACUGAUGGCUGACUUCUGGUCCGAUAGAUCUCCUCUCCAUGAAGCCGCCUGCCACGGCAGACAGCUGAUCCUGAGAAGCCUCAUCGCUCAGGGCCACUACGUAGACACACUCACCAUGGACAGAGUCUCUCCUCUCCAUGAAGCUUGCCUUGGUGGCCAUUAUGCUUGUGCCAAGUUCCUGCUGGACAAUGGUGCAAAUGUGGAGGGAGUAACAAUAGAUGGUGCCACACCUCUCUUCAACUCCUGCAGUAGCGGGAGUGCUGCUUGUGUCAGGCUCAUGUUGCAGCAUGGUGCCACCAUCCACACCCCCUACCUGCUGGCAUCACCCAUCCACGAGGCUGCUAAGAAAGGUCACGCAGAGUGUCUGGAGCUGCUGCUGUCAUAUGGAGCUCAUAUUGACAUGGAGCUGGAGGUGGUGGGGACGCCGCUGUAUUCAGCCUGCAAGGCCCAGGCUGAAGGAUGUGUCGGGGUGCUGCUAUACUUAGGAGCAGAUGUUAAAAUCGGGUGUGGGCAGGACAGUCCUUUACAUGCUGCAGUUCGAGGUGGAGGAGCCAACAUUGUGGAUCUUCUGCUGGACUUUGGGGCUGAUGGGUGUUGUAGGAACGCAGAGGGAAAGACUCCUCUGGAGCUGUCAUCGCCAAACAGCGCAGUGAGAGUCGCACUGCAGGAAAAAGGUCCAUACGCUCUGUCUGAGCUCUGUCGGUUCUGUAUUCGUCUAAGUCUGGGACGGAGUCGUCUCCACAGAGUCUCCGGCCUCCCCCUCCCUCACAGUAUCAAGGACUACCUCCUCUACCAAUGAGACGUCUCUACUCUGCUACUGGGCUUGUGUGCCAUAUAAAGUUGUCCUUCACAUUUGUGCCUUGCCCCUGACUAACAAGACAAAGUGAAAAAAGACAUCCACAUUCAGGGAAUGGGAUUUAGGAAGUCAUCUGUAUUUUGUAACAGGGUUGCUUUUGAUAUUAUAAUAAUUGUAAUUACUCAUGGUAUAUUCUUUGGAUACAAUUGUUGGAAGUUCAAAGAUAUUCAUAUUGCUGCUACUUUAAUGUAUCAGGGUUUUAUAUUUUUAUACUUUUUAUUUUUAUAACUUUGUAUGAAGCCUUUUUUUGGCUCCAGUGGGAGCUGCGCGGAAUCUGAUACGUUGCCUCAAGUGAUGUCACUUGAGUCAGUGUCUGUUGAAGACUACAAGUUUGAAAAAAAUAAAUAAAUUGGGGGUGUGAAGUUUAGCACGCUCCUCUUCUCUGCUUGAGGUGGUCGAGUUGCAUUGUGGGUAAUGUAGGCGACAGGUUUCGACAAAGAGGAAGCAUGUGUGGAACAAAAAAGACGAUAUCUCUGGUUCUGCUGCAUCAAUUUUGAUCCAUUUUUUGUGAGCAAAACUAAAUCGUGGGAGUACUUUAUAUUAUGGAGGAUCUCACAAAUAGGUAUACGGGGUAAAUCUCUGUAUCCACUUAGAGUAGAUACUGUAUUUUGUUAAGAAAUAUGUUAAAAAGAUGAUUGUAAUAUUGUUUUGUAUUCUUAUUAUCAUUGAGAUUACCGCCUGGUCACUACUUCAUGUUAGUUUUCUGAUCUGUGUGUGCAGUAGUUGUUAGCCUUAAAUAUUUGUAUUGGGGUUUUUGAACAGUAGAGUAAUAUGCAGUCAUGUAUGUUAUAAUGUGCAAUAAAAACUACUGACCUGAA